AUGGAGAAAUUCAUCGUCGGUAUCAUUGGCAUGGGCGACAUGGGAAAGAUGUAUGCGCAGAAGCUUAGCGAUGCGGGCUGGAGAGUGAUAGCCUGUGAUAGAGAAGAGCUAUAUGAUGGUCUGCAGAAGGAGUUCGCCAGCAGGAGCAAUAUACAAAUUCUUCGAAAUGGCCAUCUCGUAUCCCGCGCAAGUGAUUAUAUCAUCUACAGCGUAGAAGCUGCGGCUAUCGACCGUGUUGUCGCCGAGUAUGGCCCUUCAACCAAGCUCGGUGCCAUCGUCGGUGGCCAGACAUCGUGUAAAGAUCCCGAGAUUAAGGCCUUCGAAGACCAUCUCCCAGCAGACGUAGAUAUCGUCUCUUGUCAUUCUCUACAUGGCCCAAAAGUCGAUACGAAAGAUCAACCAUUAGUCAUAAUCAAGCAUCGUGAUUCACGAGGCUCCUUUAAAAAAGUCGAAACCGUCCUGAAAUGCCUUGAGUCGAAGCACGUAUACCUGUCAGCGCACGAGCACGAUCGCAUCACGGCGGAUACACAAGCCGUAACGCACGCAGCCUUCCUUAGCAUGGGCAAGGCGUGGCACUCGAUGCGCCAAUUCCCAUGGGAGAACACGCGCUACGUGGGCGGUAUCGAGAACGUCAAGAUCAACCUAACUAUGCGUAUCUACAGCCAGAAGUGGCACGUCUACGCCGGCCUGGCCAUCCUCAACCCCGAGGCCCGCAAGCAGAUCGACCAGUACGCGAAGAGCGUCACGGAGCUGUACAAGAUGAUGCUCGGCGGACACCUCGAUGAGUUACGGGCACGUGUCCUAAGUGCUAAGGAGAAGGUGUUUGGGAAGGAGCAUAAACCGAAGUGGGCUGAUAAACCUUUGCUUGAGGACGAGGUGUUGGAUCAGUUUAGCUUGGGUGCACCGAGACCCGAUAGCAAGCCCUUACCGAAUAAUCACCUAAGUCUUCUGGCGAUGGUGGAUUGUUGGAGCGCCCUGGGUAUUGUGCCAUACGAUCAUAUGAUCUGUAGUACGCCGCUGUUCCGCCUAUGGCUAGGCGUCACCGAACACUUAUUCCGGGACCCGGAUCGGCUGGACGAGGCGCUGCGGAUUGCAGUAGAGGAUAACACGUUCAGGAGCGACGACCUUGAGUUCACAUUUGCGGCAAGAGGAUGGGCCGAGUGUGUUGGGUUGGGACACUUUGAGACGUGGAGGGAGAGGUUCAUGGUCACGCAGAAAUUCUUUGAGGAGAGGUUUCCGACGGCUGUAGAGGUUGGUAACAAGAUGGUUAAGGCGGUGUUGGAAAGUACGAAGAAUUAA